GAUCCAUUUCAUCCCGUCACCCACACCCACCCACCUAAGCUGCAGCAGCCAGUCACCUUCCUCCCUCUGGUCUCCGUCUGCCAGCUCCACCAGCGUCCCAGUCGCCGGCGCUGUUGCAGCCAGUGUCGCUGCUCCAUUCUCACCUCUCAUGCGUUGCUACUUGCUACCGCCACAGUGCUACUCCGUCUCUGUCGGUACCCAAAUCGCCGUUACUCCGUCCUUAAUUGCUUCUCCGGUCUCCGCCGAGUGACGUUGUCGACGGUAAGCGCUUCUCCCCUCUCACUUCGUCAGUGCUUUCUUCCCAGUAGUUGAUAUUUAUUAGCAUAAGAUGGGAGAAAAUCUGAAACUGAUGAUAGCAAAGAAUGGUCCAAUAAAAAUACAAAGGCUUUUAUUGGCAUACUGUGUGAGCCAAUGAAGAAUAGGCAGCUGCAAUGUUCAACAUUUAAGCAAAAAAAUGAGAAGUGGUCUGAGAAGGGCUACAGCUGAGGAUUUAAACAGUGGCCCUCAGAGUCUCUCAUCACAAGUAUUUACCAAGGAGCGUUUCAUUACAAUCUCCAACUUCAGCUCUAAUCCCUGUGCUGUUCUCAGGAAGUUAUGGUCUGAGAAGACAGAUAAUCAUACUAGGGUUCAAGAGCUCCACCAAAAUGAGAAACCCAGAUCAAGGAAUUCGUGUAAAAGAGCCAAAGACAUGGCUAAUCUCAUCAAUUACAAACCUUGGUCAACUCAGUUGCUGUCUUCAUUCACUACCCUUCUUUCCAAAACCAAUGUGCUUCAGACUUUACGCCAUAUCAAGGAACCUUCCAAGGCCUUUCAGUUCUUCAAGUGGGCACAUGAAGUGGGUUUCCCGCACAAUGCUCAAUCCUACUUCAUGAUGUUGGAAAUCCUUGGUCGUCAGAGGAAUCUCAAUGUUGCUAGGAAUUUUCUGUUUUCCAUUGAGAAAAAGUCCAAUGGAGAAGUCAAGCUUGAGGAUAGGUUCUUCAAUAGCUUAAUUAGAAGUUAUGGUGCAGCCGGCCUCUUCAAAGAAUCCAUUAAGCUUUUUGAGACUAUGAAGUCAAUUGGUGUAUCACCAUCUGUGGUCACAUUCAACAGUGUUUUGUCUAUAUUGCUAAGGCGGGGCCGGACCAAUAUGGCAAGAGCUGUGUACGAUGAAAUGCUUGGGACAUACGGUGUCACUCCAGAUGUGUACACAUACAAUAUUUUGAUCAGAGGGUUUUGCAAGAAUUCCCACAUUGAAGAAGGGUUUCGGUUCUUUAAAGAGAUGACGAGCUUUGAUUGUGAUCCGGAUGUUGUUACAUAUAAUACACUCGUUGAUGGCUUGUGUAAAGCAGGGAAGGUUAGUAUAGCGCAUAACUUAGUGAAUGGUAUGAAUAAGAAAUGCAAAGAAUUGAAUUCUGAUAUUGUGACUUACACAACUUUGAUUAGAGGGUAUUGUAUGAAACAAGAAGUAGAUAAAGCAUUGUUUCUUCUUGAAGAGAUGACUAGUAGGGGGCUAAAGCCAAAUGUAAUUACGUACAAUACUCUGAUAAAAGGAUUAUGUGAGGGACAAAAGUUGGACAAGGUAAAGGAUAUUUUGGGCCAAAUGAUGGGAGAUGGGACUUUCGUACCGGAUACAUAUACCUUCAAUAUAUUAAUUCAUGCACAUUGUUCUGCAGGAAACCUGGAUGAAGCAUUUAAGGUGUUUGAAAACAUGAAAACCCUUCAAGUCCCAGCAGAUUCAGCCUCGUACAGUGUUCUGAUUCGGAGUUUGUGUCAGAGAGGUGACUAUGAUGCAGCAGAGAAGCUGUUUGAUGAAUUAUAUGAGAAUGAAACCUUGUUAAGUAAUUAUGGUUCCAAGCCGAUUGCUGCCUCAUAUAGUCCUAUUUUUCAAUAUUUGUGUGAACAUGGGAAAACUAAGAAGGCUGAGAAGUUACUUAGACAGCUAAUGAAAAGGGGAACACAAGAUCACCUAUCAUAUAAGACCGUGAUUAUGGGGCACUGUAAAGAAGGCGGAUAUGAAAAUGGUUAUGGGAUUUUGGUAUGGAUGCUAAGAAGAGAUUUUGUUCCUGAUUUUGAGAUAUAUGAUUGUUUGAUUGAUGGUUUUCUUCGGAAGGAUAAGCCUCUUCUUGCAAAGGAGACUCUAGAGAAAAUGCUAAAGAGCUCCUAUAAACCUAAAACAUCUACCUUGCAUUCUAUAUUGUCAAGACUUUUGGAAAAAGGUUGUGUUCAUGAGUCUACCUCCCUUAUUGUCAUGAUGCUGGAGAGAAAUAUUAGACAAAAUAUAAACCUGUCAACUGAGAAUUUACUGCUCCUUUUUGGCUCUGGACUGCGAGAUAAAGCAUUUCAGAUUAUUGAGUUGCACUAUAAGAAUGGAUACCGUGUUAAAAUAGAAGAAGUGGUUCAAUUCCUUUGCCAAAGAGGAAAGCUACCAGAAGCAUGCAAGCUGUUGUUGUUUAGUAUGGAACAUCAUAGAAAUAUUGAUAUUGACUUGUGUAAUUCAGUUAUUGAGGGCCUUUGUAAAAUUAACAAGGUUUCAGAAGCAUUUAAUUUAUGCUAUGAAUUAGCGGAGAAAGGUUUACAUCAGGAACUGACAUGCCUAAAUGAUCUGAUAGCAGCUCUAGAGGCAGGAGGGAGAUUAAAGGAAGCUGCAUUUAUAUCGAAGAGAAUGCCAAGAGUCCAGACCUAAAGCGUAUAAGAUGCUAGGGACAGUUAUUUGUGGAUGGUAGUUUCUGAGUGAAUGUAGAUCGGAGAAGCUUUUGCGCAGAAGCAGGUAAGCCCAGUGUCCAAUAGAUCAAUUGUAAUGGUCUUCUAAAGUACAUAGUGGUAGGACCUUUUUCUUUGUGAGAAGAAGCCAUGUCUGCCCGUUUCUGCUGAAAGCCGAAAGGGUUAAGGUGAUAUUCUCUUCAAGAUUGAAGUAGAACAAGAUGUACUUAUUUCCCAUAAUUUGGUGAAGUUAACUGGUAUU